UGUCUCGCAGCUAGUUUCUGCCGCUCCUGCAGUAAAUAUGCUGUAUGCUGUUCCGUGAUCCGUUCAGUCAGGACAGGUUUUGCCACAAUGUAAGACCUGCUUCACAAAUUUAGAACAUAUAGAUCCAGAUGUUUACAGUAAACAACUCUAUUUCCAGGUGAAGCAAAGGCGUCUCACCUCUCAACUAGAAAUGUACUGAGCGGACUCACCAGGCGAACUUUGAUCCCCUCGGUGUUAUUGACUCGUGCUGUCAUCAUUCAUGUCUCUCGGGGAAGGAACCAUGUUUUUUCUUGUUCUCGUUUUUCUCACUUCCUCCAUAACGUCGGCCGUUGUUCAAACAGGGCCCGUGUUGGAUUCCUCGUAUGUUGCUGCUGUGUAUGAGCACAACCUGAUCCUGAACCCGGAGCCACAUGUCCCCCUGUCCCGCUCAGCUGCCCUGCAGCAUAUGCAGAGAAACCUGGACAUCUAUGAGGAGCAGGCUGCCCGGGCCGCCCAGCAGGGUGCCCAGAUCCUGGUGUUUCCAGAGGAUGGUCUUCAGGGUUUCAACUUCACCCGUUCAUCCAUCUCUGGCUACCUAGAAACCAUUCCUGACCCACAGAAGGAGAGCUGGAACCCCUGCACAGAGCCGGACAAAUACAACAACACUGAGGUUCUCCAGCGGUUGAGCUGUAUGGCCCGUCGUAACAACCUCUACCUGGUGGCCAACAUGGCUGACAUGCAGCCUUGCCCCCUGACGACCGACCCCUCCUCCUCCUGUCCACCUGAUGGACACUGGCAAUUCAACACCAAUGUGGUUUUCAGGUCAGACGGCCUGCUGGUGGCACGCUACCAUAAAAACAACCUUUACUUUGAGGAGUCCUUUGACACACCACCACAACCUGAGAUCAUAACAUUUGAUACACCUUUUGCUGGAAAGUUUGGCCUCAUCAUCUGUUUUGAUAUCCUGUUUUAUGAGCCCACAGUCAACCUGGUAGAGAAGGGUGUGCGUCAGCUGAUUUUUCCCACAGCCUGGAUGAACCAGCUCCCCCUGUUGGACACGAUUCAGUUCCAGCGGGCGUUCAGUUUGGGGGCCAAUGUCACCCUUCUAGCAGCCAACCUACGUAAUGAUCGAAUGAUCAUGACAGGAAGUGGCAUCUACACCCCUUUUUCUGCAACCUACCACCACGCCCUGCAAGGAGACCCAGAGGCAGGCAGGCUGCUGGUGGCCAGGGUGCCAGUCUUAGACCCACUGUGGGUGAGGCAGGGCGAGGCCAAAGAGGAGGGGGGAGUUAGGAGUGAGUCCACAUCAUCUACAGCUACAGACUCUGGAUACUGUCUCAAAGACAGCUGUGAUCCUCCUCCUGCUGAAACUGCUUCUUCAGUCCCUCCUUCCCCUGACACCUUCAUCUCAUCCAUGAUGUAUGACCCGUUCACAUUUGUUCUCCUAAAAGAGACAGAGGGUGAAGUGAACGUAUGUAAUGGCACCUUCUGCUGUCACCUGCAGUACCAGAGGUCACCACAGGGUGACAGUAAAGAGCUCUAUGCAUUGGGAGCAUUUUCUGGAACUCACACUGUAAAUGGCCGCUAUGCCCUGCAGGUGUGUGCUCUUGUGCGCUGUGCAGGGUUGGACGCCAGUUCCUGUGGACAGCAAGUGGAAGAGGCUGAGUCUAAGAUGGACUUUCUGUUGGAGGGGAACUUUGGGACCAAAUAUGUGUACCCAUCAAUUUUGGCCAACAAACUGGCCCUGGAACAGCCUGAACAUCUGGACACAUCUGCAGAUGGCAGAGUGACCAUGAAACACUCUAACAUGACUGCUGGGCUGGUCACUGCCUGUCUGUACGGACGACUGUAUCACCUGGACAAUGAAUGAACUGCUGUAGUGUGUCAGGAGAAAAUAUCAAAUAGAGCUCAAAGAAGAACUCUGAAUAAAAAUUAAAUCCAUCUAGAAAGCC